AUGAAGGGCGACAACGAAAAUUACGAGAAUUUCCCAGUGGGUAUGCGUGUUCUGGCUGUUGAUGAUGACCCAAUUUGCUUGAAGCUUUUGGAUACUCUGCUUAGGAAAUGCCAGUACCAUGUUAGCACAACGAGUCAGGCGAGAAUGGCCUUGAAGAUGUUAAGGGAAAACAAAGACAGAUUUGACUUGGUUAUCAGUGAUGUCCAUAUGCCAGACAUGGAUGGCUUUAAGCUUCUUGAACAGGUUGGCCUCGAAAUGGAUCUACCCGUCAUCAUGCUAUCUGCGAAUAGUGACCCCAAACUUGUAAUGAAAGGAGUCACUCAUGGUGCUUGUGAUUAUUUGGUCAAACCCGUCCGGAUUGAGGAGCUGAGGAAUAUAUGGCAACAUGUGAUAAGAAGACGGAAGUUUGUGAACAGGAACGAGAAUAAGUCUGUUGAUCAAACCAAACCUAAUCAAAUACCGAGUGGAGAAGGAGGACAAGGUGGGACCAUCCCGGGAGAAAACGCGGAUCAAAAUGGAAAAACGAAUAUUAGGAAGAGGAAAGAUGAAGAGGAUGAGAGUGAAGAUGGAAAUGAGAAUGAAGAUCCUGCAACUCAAAAGAAGCCUCGUGUUGUCUGGUCCAUUGAGCUUCACCGGAAGUUUGUUGCAGCUGUGAACCAGUUAGGCAUUGAAAAGGCUGUUCCGAAAAGGAUUCUUGACCUGAUGAAUGUGGAAGGUCUUACUCGAGAAAACGUGGCAAGUCAUCUCCAGAAAUACAGGCUGUACCUCAAACGAAUCAGCUCAGUCGCAACUCAGCAGGCCAACAUGGCAGCCGCAUUCGGAGUAAAAGACUCACCUUUUAUGCGUAUGGGCCCUUUUGGUGGGCUUCCAAACGCGGCCUUCCCACACUACUCACCCGGGGCCAUGCUCGGGCGGAUAAACGCACCUCCCAACAUGAACCUCCGUAAUAUCUCCCCAUCUGCAUUCAUCCAGCCGAAUUCCUUCUCCCCCCUUAAUAAAAUGCACCCGGGCCUCACAAACCCGAAUCCGGGCCAAAACCUUUUCCCAGGAAUUCAGCUGUCCUUAGAGCUCGACCCGAACAAGCAAGUACCCAAUAAAUUCCCCGAGCAGGGAACUAUCGGCGGGCCCAGUAAUGUAAUGAACGGGAAUUUUCAACAAACGCUGAAUAAUGGGGGUUUUGGGAUUGGGCCCGACUCGUUUGGUGUCGGCAGCAUCGAGACUUCCAGUAUGAUGCAGCCGAAUAACUCGUUAAUUUCCGGGCAGCCGUUUCAGUUGGCUAUAAAUAGCACGCGGGACAGUAGUUUUUCAGGCGAGGGUUAUGUGCCGAGCAACUCUAUUGACAUGUCUGGGCCUGGGACCACUUUGGCUCUAGACGGUUUGAGCGCUGAUGGGCAGCAAGGUGCGGGUCAGAGGUGGGGUGGUGGUCAACAGGGGCAAAAUGGUCAUGGCUCGAAAGGUGGUUACGUUCCCUUGAACGGCAGCCAGAACGAAAAGUCGCAAGGGGGAUUUGGUGGUCGUGGUUAUGAUUCGUUGGACGAUAUGAUGAAUGCUAUGAUCAAAAGGGAACAAGAUGAAACGGCUCCGAACUGCGAUUUCGGGUUCGAUAGUUAUUCGUUCGGGUCCGGUGGGGUAUGA